UCUUCUGUAUAUCUAUAAACUGCUUUUGCUCGAUGACCGUGCAAUUGAUGAUGGGGUACGGUGGUGGUAACAGUUUUACUGGGAAAACGGAAGAAGCUGCUUUGAGAGAAGCUGCAAAUGCUGGGAUUCAAGGUUUGGAGGAAUUGAUAAGAUUGAUGUCUAAAAGUCAGAAGCUUUGCAACCUAGGUGCUUGUUCAGAGCCAGCGAUGGAGAUCCAAGCUGUUGCAGAUAACACUGUAAAUUCCUUCAAGAAGGUUAUUUCUUUGUUGGGUCGAUCCACAACUGGCCAUGCUCGAUUCAGACGUGCUCCCCAACAAGAAGAUUCACAACAACGUCGAGAGAAGAUUCAAGUAAGAAAGGAUGAAGCCUUUGGUUUUAAGCCUGUUUGUGCAACCCCAAGUUAUAGGUUGCCUCCUUUGCCGAGUAAAAGCGUUAUGUCUUCAGUGACUGGGGAUACUGAUAGCAUGAUGCAGCCAUCUUUCUCUUCGCGAUUUCAAUUCACUGGUACUUCUCAUGGUAAACCUCCUUUGUCUUCCUCUUUGAGAAGGAAGUGCAAUUCCAUGGAUGCUCUAAGGUGUAGAUCUUCCUCUGCUCGUUGCCAUUGUUCCAAGAAAAGGAAAUCGAGAGUUAAGAGAGUGAUUAGAGUUGCAGCUAUUAGCAACAGGAUGGCUGAUAUUCCUCGUGAUGAUUAUUCUUGGAGAAAAUAUGGCCAAAAACCAAUCAAAGGUUCUCCUCAUCCAAGGGGGUAUUACAAGUGUAGCUGCGUCAGAGGCUGCCCUGCAAGGAAACAUGUAGAGCGAGCUGUAGAGGACCCAAUGAUGCUCAUUGUAACAUACGAAGGGGAUCACAAUCAUAGCCAAAACAUUAGCGCUGCCCCUUUGCUCAUGGAAUCAUCUUAAGUCCCCACCAUCUAUAGGAUAGACCCGACGCACCAUCAUCUCUUUGAAAAUAGUAAAUUUUAUAUGAAUAAUUCUUUUUUUGUUCUCUAAAUUAUUAUAAAAUUUGUUC